AUGUUGGUGACCCUCAACGGGGAUCUCUUCAAGCCGCUCUCUGCAGAUUUCCUCGGCGAGGUGUGGCGAUUCAAAUCCUGGUGGACAGUGGAGGGCGGCGUGCUCAUCAUCCACCUCUUCAAGCGGCAGAUGGCAACCUGGCGAUUCCCUUUCCAUCGCGACACGGGGGGCACGGGCCUUUUCAGGAGAAACCCGUUCCCCUGGACACCCGCCAUGCGGGAAGCGCCGGGUGGCACGAACAUCUCGCACUUGGACAUCAACUACGCCAAGGAAGCGCCAAAGGAGGAAGAGCUCGAAGUCAUCCCGGCCGGCCGGCCGGAGCCGCUCGCGGGCGAGAUCUUGCCGGACGGCAGCGUGCAGGAGGCGGCGCCGGGCGGGAUGUUUGCCUUGCUCCCGGAGGGUCUCGUGUGCACGCCCAACGACCUCUGUCUUGGCAUCACCGCUCAUCAGGACGACUACUCCGUGACGAUCGAAGUUCACUUCGAGCGAGAUCGCUAUGAGCGCCUGUGUGCGCGAUAUCCCCUGGAG